AUGGCAGAAUCAUCCAGUGCCGGCAGCCGUAGAGGCCUCAAAGCAGACAAUAGCGCUGCAGCAGCUGUGGGCUACGAACUGCCAUGGGUUGAGAAAUACCGUCCAAUCUAUCUCGACGACAUUGUUGGCAACACCGAGACUGUGGAGCGAUUGAAAAUCAUCGCCAAAGAUGGAAACAUGCCACACGUUAUUAUUUCAGGCAUGCCGGGUAUUGGAAAGACCACAUCCGUUCUUUGUUUGGCACGGCAACUGCUCGGCGAUGCCUACAAAGAAGCUGUCUUGGAGCUCAACGCGAGUGACGAAAGAGGCAUCGACGUUGUACGAAACCGAAUCAAGGGAUUUGCUCAAAAGAAAGUAACCCUGCCACCAGGCCGCCAAAAGAUUGUUAUUCUGGACGAAGCAGAUAGUAUGACAUCAGGCGCGCAGCAAGCUCUUCGACGUACCAUGGAAAUCUACUCCUCGACGACCCGCUUUGCUUUUGCUUGCAACCAGUCCAACAAGAUCAUCGAGCCGCUCCAAUCGAGAUGUGCGAUUCUGCGAUAUGCACGACUUACAGACGCGCAGGUGGUCAAGCGCAUAAUGCAGAUCUGCGAGGCUGAAAAGGUGGAACAUUCAGAAGAUGGAAUUGCGGCACUUGUCUUCUCGGCAGAGGGCGACAUGCGACAAGCCAUCAACAAUCUGCAGAGCACACAUGCUGGCUUUGGCUUUGUCAGCGGCGAUAACGUCUUUCGUGUGGUUGACAGCCCGCAUCCCAUCAAGGUCCAGGCCAUGAUCAAAGCGUGCCAUGAGACCAAGAUAGAUGUUGCCUUGGAGACACUGAAGGAGCUAUGGGACCUGGGCUAUUCAUCGCAUGAUAUUAUCAGUACCAUGUUCCGGGUAACAAAAUCCAUCAAUUCGUUGAGUGAGCAUGCAAAAUUAGAAUUCAUCAAGGAAAUUGGAUUUACGCAUAUGCGCAUCCUCGAGGGCGUGCAGACCUUCCUCCAGCUUUCCGGGUGCGUUGCCCGUUUAUGUAAAAUCAAUAUGCAGCCCCAGCUAUUCGUGGCUCCUUCGUGAUUUUAUUUUAUGCGAAAAUGUGUUCGGGGGGUGUGGCUUGUUUUUUCCCCUUAGAUCUGCAUCAUAUGGCGUUGUCAACAGGCGCUCCACGGGUCGAUAUCAAGGUGUUAUA